AAUUCUUUUACCAAAACGCACCACACUUGUUACCAAAAGGAGACGCACCGCACUGAUAGCCGACCAUCCUACAAACCCUACAGCUCGGUACUCCCACCCAUGGCGGCCCACCUCCACCUCUCUUCUCCCUUCUCCACCGGCCUCCCACUCAAAUCUCCGCGCCGUCCCCGAAGAAUCCCCUCCCGUUCUUCCCUCCCCGCUCCUGUCUCCGCCCGCUCCGCCAGCCGCCCCCUCCGCGCCGCCGUCAUCGGCGGCGGCCCGGCCGGCGCCUCCGCCGCUGAGGCCCUCGCCGGCGGCGGCGUGGAGACCUACCUCAUCGAGCGCAGCCCGGCCGGGUCCAAGCCCUGCGGCGGCGCCAUCCCCCUCUGCAUGCUCGACGAGUUCUCCAUCCCCGCCCACCUAGUCGACCGCCGCGUCACCGGCAUGCGCAUCCUCUCCCCCUCCAACCUCGCCGUCGACUUCACGCGGCGCCCACCUCCUCCCCGGCCUCUUCACCUCCCUCGAACCCCCAUCCUCCCUCUCCUCCGGCGAGCCCUAUUUAAUUCACUAUACAUCAUCCCCCGCCCCCGGCACCCUCGCCGGAACCCCCUCCACCCUCGCCGUCGACGUUGUCGUCGGCGCCGACGGGGCCAACAGCCGCGUUGCCCGAUCCGUCUCCGCCGGCACCUACUCCUCAGCCAUCGCCUUCCAGGAGCGGAUCCGCCUCCCACCGGAGAAGAUGGCCCACUACGAGGACCUCGCCGAGAUAUACGUCGGCAGCGACGUGUCGCCGGACUUCUACGGGUGGGUCUUCCCCAAGUGCGACCACGUUGCGGUGGGCACCGGCACGGUGAUGUCCAAGCCAGAGAUCAAGAAGUACCAGGCCGGGAUCCGGGCCCGGGUCUGGUCGAAGAUCGCCGGUGGGGAGGUGAUCAAGGUGGAGGCGCACCCGAUCCCGGAGCACCCACGGCCGCGGCGGGUGGUGGGGCGGGUGGCACUCGUCGGCGACGCCGCUGGGUACGUGACGAAGUGCUCCGGCGAGGGUAUCUACUUCGCCGCCAAGUCGGGGAGGAUGUGCGGCGAGGCGAUCGCCAGGAUUUGGAACGACAACAGCAAGGAUGUGGUGACCGAAGAGGAAUUGAAGAGAGAGUACUUGAGGAAAUGGGACAGAGAGUACCUGUGGAUGUUCCGGUUCUUGGAUCUCCUGCAGAGGGUAUUCUACGGGAGUAACGCUGCGAAGGAGGCGCUUGUGGAGCUCUGCGGGGACGAGUAUGUGCAGAGGAUGACCUUCGAGAGCUAUUUGUAUAAGAGGAUGGCGGUGGGGGAUUGGCGGAAGGACUUGGGGUUGGUGUGGAGGACGGUAGGGAGUUUGGCGAAGGCGGGAAUUAUGGGGAAGGAGGUGGAGAGGUUGAGGACCUUAGCGGAGUGCUAGCUAUGUUCCGAGAGUUCCUCUUUUAUUAUUUUGAACUCUGCUUUUAAUUUUGUCCAUAUGUGAUGUAUAUGUCUGUGUGGAAGGGCCAAGGCUGCAUUUGGUAGCUGGUAUCUAUUUAGUUUACUGAUAAUUUAAAGUGGGCUCAAUUUAUAGGUCAAAUAUUAAAAUUUUUAUAAAUGUGAUGAAGAGUGAGGAGGAGGUUCAGUUUGUAGAUCUUAUCGAAUUUGAGAGUAACAAUUAUAUUCUUCAAACUCCUAUUGAUCAUCCU